GCGUUUUCAAUCGGCACGGGCGCGCGAGCUACUCUGAUCUCUUGCUAUUCUCUUCGCUCCGUUCCUGCUUGUCUUUGGGUCAGCGGCUUCUCUUCCAUUCACUGUUCCACGUUCUUCAAUCUCCGUAGACUUUGUAUGUAUACACGACAGACGCAACAUAUUAACUGUAUUUAGCUUCUUUAUCCUGGUAUGCACUAUUUGAUGUUUGACGAAUGACGUGGGUGAAUAGUUCAAGAAACUCGAAAUUUCAAUGCUUCUACCAUACGUUCUGUUCUUUAUAUUUGUUUUUAAAAUUUACGAAGAAAAACAAAUCGUCCCGCACUAUUCGGUUUGUUUGGUCUUGUCUUGACGUGAGCUGUUCGGUGCCCGACGAAUGAUGGGCGAGAUUGAUUACAGAAGACAAGUGGAUCGCUUAUAGCGGACAUAUUAAGCCUUCCUUAAUCUGGGUUCAGGAUUCAGUUAAAUUUUCUUCGUCGAAGGGUUACUUAAAUGGACGACGCUUGGAGUAACGUUGGAGAAGGAAGAGAGCAAGUUACAACUGAUGCUGUAGCAUUGGGAGAUGUCAUAUUUGUCAAACUUCGUGGUGGCUCUUGGUGGCCUGCACAGGUUGUUGAUAAAAAUACUGUUGCGAAGAGUGCUAGACCUGGGGGAAAAUCAGCAGGGAAAGUUUGUGUUAGGCUGUAUGGGAGCUAUGAAUAUUUAUAUGUGGAUCCAAUUAAAUGUCGUUCUGAGUUUGAGAAGAUACUCGAGCAGCAUAAUGGUUCUUACCGGGAAAUUUUUCAGAAAGCUCUUGAAAAGGACCUUCCUAGGUCAAAACCCUCCAAAUCAAAGCAUUCAGGAUCAAAGACUAAAGGCAAAGAUAAAGCAAAACGAUUAAAGCAAUUCAACGUUUCACAGAACAUAGAAGAUUCCUCAAAUCAAAUUGAGGUGUUGGAUGACAAUAACCUCAGUAGCCAAAGCCCUGUAACUGUAAUAGCGUCAGGAGGAACGUCUCAAGAAUUGAGUGAACGGCGGAUGAGAGUGAUGAGUAAACUUGGUCUCACUGCUCCUCCUGGGUCGCCAUUCCUAAAAGAUUGAUGCAUCUAUUACCCAAGCUUCUGAUGGUUAUGGAGAUAGAGGAAUUGGUGGUGAGAAUACUAGUAGAUUUAAUUUUUUGUAUUGCUCUUGAUUGUAUCUGGACUAGCUUGAACUUUCACUUCCUUGUUUGUUUUCUCAAGGUAUGGGACGAGUUGAGAAAGCAUGUUGAUAUUCAGGAUACACUAUCUUAUAUCUCAUGGUUGUUUAUUGUACUAUGCAUUUGUAAAGGCAUUCAUAAUUCCUUUAUUUAAUUCUUGGAA